CUAAGGGAAGCAGAUCAGUCCUCAUGAGAACACCUCUAAUUUUCCUGCUCCUGUAUGUGGGAGCGGUGGGUUUUGGCAUCGUGUGUUCAGCGGUGCAGAGUCAAACCUGUGGAACGAGUGCUGAACUUACAGCAGAACAAUGCACUGAUUUGGACGGUCCCACGCGGAGCUUCCUGACGUGUGCAGGUGUCCCAUCAGAGCCUGAUGCAGACCACAUCCUUCACCUGAAGGGACUCAUCAGCGCCACUCUGGACAUCUACUCCUUCAUGCGCUCCAGUGUGGCCGGCGUGCCGGUCGUGGAUCUGUCGGGAGGCGUCAGUAUGAACGAGGAUCACGUGAUCAGAGCGUGGCUGGACAUCAAACUCACUCCUCUGCUGUCGUCCAUCUCCAGAAACUUCCUCACAUGCCUCAGCAACAGAAACUUCAGCUGCAGCGCCUACCAGACUGUUGUGAAGGAGUUGAGUCAGCAUUUCUCCGGUCUGGAUCCAGUGCGACAGAAGUGGAUCUAUGCUUUCUUCAUGUACCCGUUUCUCUCUAGAAACACAUCCUCAGAUCCAGAGGACAGCACUGAGGACUGGCUCAUGAAGAACUUCGGCUCGUUCUCGGUCAUGGCUCAAGUGCGAGACUUCACAUCCAUCAACAUGCUCUUCAGCGGGCUGGAGGUUUUGCACCUCUUGAGUCCAGAACAGAAGGCAGAGCUUCUCCUUCAUCCCGAGGUGGUGGGCUUGACGAACAGCUCCCUCGGCCUGGUGUUUCAGAGUUUGCUUUCCUCUCUGUUGCCCUCUGAGGAUCCAUGGCCUUCCAACAAUGGCACAGCGUAUUAUAUGAGCACCGUUCCAUCUGCCUCACCUCAGGACCCUCUUGGACAGGCAAGAAUCAUACCAGUCACAGUAUCAUGGAUGUAA